UAAAUAAAUACCCCCCAAGUUCCCUUUUGCUUCUUCCACAACACCACCCUCUAUCAAUUAUCUUCUUCUUACUCUCACAACACAAACACAACACAACCUUCUCUCUUUCUAACCUUGUCAGACCAAAUCCACAACAAUGGCUUUAAGGAAACCAAGUAGGCUUCCUCAAACAGCACUCAUCAAGCAAAUCCUCAAGAGGUGCUCAAGUCUAGGGAAGAAACAAGGCUAUGAUGAUGUCCCUAAAGGUCACUUUGUUGUGUAUGUUGGAGAAAACAGGAGCAGGUACAUUGUUCCAAUUUCUUUCCUAAGCCGCCCUGAGUUCCAAACACUUCUCCAUCAGGCAGAGGAAGAAUAUGGGUUUGAUCAUGACAAGGGUCUCACAAUUCCAUGUGAAGAAGAAGUUUUUGAGUCUCUCACAUCCAUGCUCAGAUGAGAAAAUUAACACCUCAAGAUGAAGCUGCUUGAAAAUUGCUUCUCUGACUUGAUUUUCUCUGCUUUUUCCUUUGAAUUAAUAUAUAUGUUAGUUAAUGUUUUGAGGUUCCUGUUUUAGAGAGACUACUCUAACCUCUGAAACAUGAUUAUUAGCCCAUGAAAGAGUCUUGUCUUGUGGGUUUAGAUUGUAAAUCUAGUAGCUAUAGAAAUUAGCAGCAUUUUUCCAGCAGAGGUGAAUGGCCGUACAAAUGUACCCUGUUGGUGAACUAAUCUAAAAGGGUGUUGAUGAAAUCUUUAUAUUCCUUCUUUA